AUGGAGAGAAUCGCGAAUGCACAUACGUACCAAUCGACGAAGCAUUAUGAAUCACCGGUGAUUUCGAUCGAAAGAAUGAAAAUUCGUCUAAAACUCUUAGAAGACAGUAACGCAACGCUAUAUCUCAGAAACUGCGAUCUCGUCGAGGAAAACAUGAACUUGGCGAAACGGCUGGAAGAAGAUGCGACUAAAAUAGAGAAGCUGUUAAAGAAUGUAUCACUAUUACAAAACGAACUUGAAAAACUCAAGCUGGCUGAUAUAUUAGCGAAACAAGCGAAACGUGAUGAGAUAUGCUUAAAAAAUAAAUGCACCUCCUCGACGAAUAUAGUUUCCAAGACAAAUUGCGGAUUACAAAUUUGGGAAACCUGCAAAGAUUGCCAUAGAGAAUUGGAGGGAUGCCAAAGAGAAUCGCAGAUCACAAUCACGAAAUCAGAGUUUGAGUUACUAGAAAAGGAUAUGAGGACUUUGAGAGACGCCGUUAUCGCCCGAGAAGAAGCCUGGGAUAAAGCGGUGGAGCGCGAGCAGAAUUGCCGGCAGCAAUUAGCACGACUGACCGCGGAGGUGAUCACCGCGCGUCACCUUUGCGAAACUCGCCAGGACGAACUUCACGUAGCUAUGGAUACUUUGACGAAAAAAGAAUCUGAGCUGAAAAUAAUGCAGAAAGAAAUGUUAUACCUGAACAAAUUAAUUGCGAAGCUGCAUCUACGUCAGAGAGAGCUCGAAGAAUACACAAGCAGUGGUGUAAGUUUCAAUAUUAGCGAGAGGGAUCAAAAAUGCAUCAAGGAGAUUGUGCGGCGCGUACAAAACUCUAAAAGCAAAUCAAAGACAAAGCCCAAAUGCACUUCGGAUAAAUACCCGCAUUUGAAUUCAAGCAGCCCUCGCGAGAAUAAGAACGGAUUGGAUCAGGCAGGUUCCUCGGAGAAUCAUCACAAAUUAAAUUUGUAA